AUGGCGUCAGAAGACCAAGAUAUUCUCGCAAGAAUUGGGCAGCUUGCUGGUCAGAUCAACCGACACAAAAACAAUCAAGGCCCUGAUAGCCAACCUACAUACUCGCCGAGUGCGAGAUCCAGUCCCUACCCAAGUAAGAGUUUGAAUCCGCGACUGCAAACAACCUCUCAUGCCGGUAAAGAUUAUUCUCAGCGCAGCGCAGGCUGGAGCGCAAGGGGCUCCUAUUCAGGAAGAGGCUAUAGGGGGGGAAAGCCAGCUGCUCCGCAUCGAAACCGAUCACUUGUAUUAAAUGGAGCAACCGCAAGCCCAGCGACUCGAGACAACCCCGUAGACACACAACAUUCAGAAAACACCCCACCACUGGUGACGAACAACAACCCUUCGUGGGUGACGAAAAAGGAUCGCCACUUUCAGCUCAUUAACACCUCCGUGUAUGAAAAAGAGAGCCAGAACCGCACAAAAGCAAUCGAGGAAACAAGAAAGCAAAAGGCGAUUGAACGAGAUGCUCGUGAGAAAGCGAAAUUCAACCGGCACAUUCAACGGAUUGCUAGCCAUAGCGCGUUGAAUGCGAGCCAUAGCGUUCGACCUGCAUCAUCGCACAGUUCAAAUAGUUACGAGCUUACUGUACAGGGAGUAAAAUUUCUGGUCCAGAAAGAUGGAAGCAAACUCGUGAAAGUCUCUGGCGAGGCAAAAUCAACGCCAAAGACCGCGGUAAUAGCUGGAACCAAGUUUCAUCGCAGCAAGAAUGGCAACAUGUAUCGGGCCGGUAUCAUCAAGGCCUACCGGAAAAACGCUACCAUCAAGAAGAUCAAUGAGCCGUGCAAGGUCUUCUCAACAACGGGUUCAUGUAACAAGGGUCCAAGAUGUCGAUACAUACACGACCCUUCCAAAACGGCUGCUUGCAAAGAGUUUCUUCAAACAGGAUCUUGUCCAAGUGGAGAGUCCUGCGAUCUUUCACAUGAGCUUACCCCAGAAAGAACAGCAACAUGUGUGCACUUUGCUAAAGGAAAUUGUUCGAACCCGAAUUGUCGAUACAUCCACGCAAGAGUGUCUCCAGCAGCUCCUGUUUGCAGAGCAUUUGGCAUAUAUGGAUACUGUGAAAAGGGCGCUCAUUGCGAAGAGCGUCACGUACAUGAGUGUCCUGAUUUCAGUAAUACAGGUACCUGUACUACCAAAGGCUGCAAACUGCCACAUCGAUACAAGGCGAGCGUUAUGCGAAGCAACACAAACCGCGGGGAAGCUUCAGGGGAUGACGAAAGUAGUGACCUAUCUAGUGACGACGACGAUGCUGCUAUCGAUAGCGACGAUGUCGAUUCAGAUGACAUGGAAGAGUACUUCGGAAACGAAGAAGCGCCUGACCUUGAAGCGAUGCAGCAGGAUUACGUUCAGUUAUCUUGA